GCGUUGGACAUGGCGGACGGCUGCGGGAGCGGGCGGGGGCCGCCAUGCCCCGGGGCGGCCGCGGCUCUGCGGCGCUGGGAGCAGCUGAGGCGGCGGGCGACGGCACCGUGGGCCCGCGGGCUGCUGGCCGUGGCCGCCGGGCUCGGGCUCUUCUACGCGGCGCUGCGGGUGCCGCUGCGGCUCCGGGACGGCCUGGCGGCCGUGACUGUGUUCUUAAGCACUUUGACUCCAAAAUUCUACUUUGCCCUCACAGUGACUUCAUCCUUUAUAUCCGGACUGAUAUUUGUAUUUGAGUGGUGGCAUUUCCGAAAAUAUGGCACGUCCUUCAUUGAGCAGGUAUCUGUGAGUCACCUGAGGCCUCUCAUUGGCGGUGGUGUGGAAAACAGCCCUCCAGCACCAGCAGCGUUCUCAGCCGGAGAGAAUGAGGCAAACAGGCAGAACAUGCCAGAAUGCAAGAUGUGGCGAAAUCCUCUUAAUCUUUUCAGAGGGGCAGAAUAUAGCAGAUACAUGUGGGUGACUGGGAAAGAGCCUCUUACCUACUAUGACAUGAAUUUGUCUGCUCAAGAUCAUCAGAACUUUUUCACGUGUGAUACAGACGCCCUUCGGCCUUCAGAUACAGUUAUGCAGAAAGCGUGGCGAGAGAGAAACCCUCAAGCCCGGAUUAAAGCAGCGUAUCAAGCUUUAGAGUUAAACAAUGAUUGUGCCACUGCGUAUGUUCUUCUCGCAGAGGAAGAAGCAACAACUAUUGUAGAUGCUGAGAGGUAUUUUAAGCAGGCUCUGAAAGCAGGAGAGAUGAUUUACAGGAAGUCUCAGAACUGCCAUUCCCAAAGUCCCCAGCACGAAGCACAGCUAAGAAGAGACACCAAUGUACUGGUCUAUGUGAAAAGAAGGCUGGCCAUGUGUGCAAGAAAACUUGGAAGAAUUCGAGAAUCAGUAAAAAUGAUGAGAGAUUUAAUGAAAGAGUUUCCACUUCUCAGCAUGCUGAAUAUUCAUGAAAACCUCCUGGAAGCUUUACUGGAGUUACAGGCUUAUGCAGAUGUCCAGGCAGUUUUAGCAAAGUAUGAUGAUAUCAGUCUUCCAAAAUCGGCGGCGAUAUGUUACACAGCAGCCCUGUUAAAAGCCAGAGCUGUUUCAGAAAGGUUCUCCCCAGAAACUGCCUUCAAAAGAGGGCUUAGUACAGCAGAAAUAAAUGCUGUGGAAGCAAUUCACAGAGCUGUGGAAUUUAACCCUCAUGUUCCAAAGUAUUUACUAGAGAUGAAAAGCUUAGUCCUACCUCCAGAGCAUAUCCUGAAACGAGGGGACAGUGAGGCAGUAGCGUAUGCGUUUUUUCAUCUCCAGCACUGGAAGAGAAUAGAAGGGGCUCUACAUCUGCUGCACUGCACAUGGGAAGGCACAUUUAGGAUGAUCCCGUACCCAUUAGAGAAAGGUCACCUUUUCUACCCCUAUCCAAGUUGCACGGAAACAGCAGACAGAGAACUGUUGCCAACGUUUCACGAAGUCUCCGUUUACCCACAGAAGGAGCUCCCCUUUUUCAUUCAUUUCACAGCAGGCCUGUGUUCCUUUUCGGCAAUGCUUGCACUCCUCACACACCAGUUCCCUGAGCUGAUGGUUGUUUUUGCUAAAGCUGUGCUGCGAGUACUGUGGCCCGUGAGUGCCCCCAGCGUGCUGGCAUCUGGCUGAGCCCCUUCAUCCCCUGUUCUUUUGGAACUCUCCUUUUAUCCUUUGCUGUGGAAACAUUAAGAUCCUCACGUUGUCCAGUCUGUGGCACCAGCUGACUGCAGCGUGCCUCCCAGAGGAUUCGAUUGCAUUGUUCCCAGAGUGUCCUGGCAGCACCUCCAGGCAUGGCUGGCUGGCACCUGGCUGUGGGAGGCAGCGAAGAAAACAGUGCUGUUCAGACAGCUGUCCUUUGUAGGCUGCCUUGUUGGUAAUGGUGCUUCCUUCUUUGUCCGUAGCGUCCAUAAUCAUCUAAGAAAAUAGUUUUUGAGCAGCAACCUUAUUGCUCUCUUCAUCACUUGUACAACGGGAAGGUAAUACGUCUGUAAGAAAGGAGAGAACGUAAGUUGGGCGGAUGUUUUGAGCAUUGACACUUCCUUCUCAGCUGCAGAUGCGCCAGAACUGGCUUUGGUUUAAUUUUGCCUUUCAGUGCAGUUGCAGCUUCUGGUGCUUCAGCAGAGCUUCCAGCCACAGGCCCCGUGGGCAGACGCAAGCAGUGGAGCCAUCGUUCCAGCUUUUGGCAGAACGUAAAGUGAAAACAUGCAAUGUAAAGACUGAGACCCUCUGCCUGCGAACUUCUACGGCCAGCCUCCAUCUGUCACCUUCGUCUUUUUGCAGUCGUUCAGGCUUCAGCUGACAGUCCACGACUCCGCGUGUCACCUUCGCCGGGAGACAGGGAGAGGACUGUGCAGGAGUUGCUCAGCGAGUGUCAGUAGUGCAGUGGGGACAGCGUGCCAGGGCUGCUCGAGGGAAGCACGGAGACACGGAGCAUCCUGAAGGCUUUGCAACACCCUUCCUCUGGCCUUGCAGAAAGGUAAUCCCCCGUUUUCCGGAAAUCCGACAUGGCCAGCCAACAAGUCCUUAGCGUGCAGGAGCCGCUGACCCCGUGGCAUUUGCACUCCAGCUUCAGGAAGCGCUUCACAGCCUGCAGGAGGAGAGGGAGCACGUGGGGCCUGGGAAAUGCUGGCCACGACCGGCGGGAAAGGAGCCCCAGGGACGGGUUCUCUUCGGGAUCGCGGUGCUCUGGACCCUGCCCUGACCCCACGAACCCCAGCCACACUCACCAUCCUCCCGCAGCGGUUGUUGUGCAGGUUCAUCAGCGCCCGCGCGUCCUUCACUUUCUUCUCCUUGGCGUCCACGAAGGCUUUGGCGAAGCGGAUGCCGUAGUUGAUGUUGUCGCUGCAGCCUCCCCAGUCGAACUCCCCGCGCUCGUCCUUGGCGCGACCGCGCUUCAGUGGGUCACAGCCGCAGGACUUGAGCUCCCCUUGGCUGCAGGCGCGCGUGAUGGCGUACACCACCCCGGCCGAGGAGAUGGCGUAGACGAAGGCGGCCUCCCUGCUGCCUGCGGGCACAGAGCGUGCGGGGGAAGAUACGAAGAACUGUCCUCUCCCUCCCCCAGCGUUAUGUUCAACAAGAGGCUCUCACAGCCCCGCACUGGGGCACGGCACGGGCACGCGGCAGCACCUACUUCUCAGCAUCACCCUCCCGAAGACGGUGUGGUCCCGGUCCAGGGUGCUGCAAUUCCAGCGGUGGUGGCGGAACUGGUACUGGCACUCGCGGAUCCACUCCUUGGCUCCCUCCCCGACGGACUGCAUGAUGUCAGGGUACCUCUGGCACAGCUGCCUCUGCUUGUUCACCAGCCCGGGGAUGUUGUCGCAGAUCACCCUCGCUCCCAGCGCCCCGAUGUACCUGCAGGGAGAAGGGCACGGCGUUACUGCGCUGCACGCGGGGCUGCAGGUGCAGGCUCUGGGCCCCCUCCCUGCUGCUGUGGGGCACAGGCACCAACGCAGUGCUCGGGUGGAAGAGGUGUGAGCUUCGCUUGUUGCUGCAGGCCUUGCUCAUGCUGCUAGCACCCGGCUGCGUUUAAGGUCAUGUCCUGAAGAUGGACAGCAGGGCUGGGCUGCGCUGUCUGUCCUGCCUGCACGCUGCCUGCUCCUCUGUGCCGUGCUGGGUGUGCAGCGGGCAGCUUUCCCCACAAACCAGGGCGAUCCCGGCUCUUCCUGCACCCAGCAGCCCUCGGGCCCGCGUGGACAAUGGAGACAUGGUGGAAUUUUCCAUCCCCAUCCCAUGCAGCCCCGUUGCUCUGCCAGCAGCAGGCUGCUCUGUGCCGGGGAGUGAUUUUUGCCACAUACCGCGGAGCUGUGAUUCUGGCUGCAGGGGAAGAGGUUUGGGUGGGAUUCAAAUGUUUCAAACCCCCAGACUGGAAAUAAGACCCUCCCUUUAAUCAUAAUAAAGAGCAAUAAACUUGGGCAAUAUGUCA